AUGAGAAGCGGUUUCGGUCCAGUGUUCGUCCACCGGCAGCACAACAUGUUCGCGCCAGUCACCAUUCUCGUGUCAGUUUUAUUAUUCCCACGCGCACACGCGUCUUUGCCUCUUGUCAUCAACACUUGGGCGUUUAAGAGCGCGUCGGCUGAAGCGUGGGGUGCUCUGCAGUCCGGGGGCUCGGUGCUGGACGCCGUGGAGAAAGGCUGCGCCCGCUGCGAGGCGGAGCAGUGCGACGGCAGCGUUGGCUUUGGCGGGAGCCCCGACGAGACCGGAGAGACCACGCUGGAUGCCAUGAUCAUGAACGGUAAUACAAUGGAGGUGGGCGCAGUGGCAGACCUGAGGAGAAUCAAAAAUGCCAUCGGAGUAGCGAGAGCUGUGAUGGAGCACACUGACCACACACUGCUAGUAGGAGAGUCAGCUUCUGUGUUUGCUGAAAACAUGGGCUUCGUCGCUGAAGACCUGACUACCAACAGGUCUUUGAAUAUUUUCUCCCAGUGGCUGAAGGGCAACUGCCAACCUAAUUAUCGAAAGAAUGUUAGUCCAGAUCCUUCAAAGUCAUGUGGACCCUACAGACCCGAGGCGCUGCGAACGCAGAGCAAGAGGCCACGGCAUGCUAAUGCGCACUCCCACGACACCAUCGGGAUGAUUGCUCUGGAUCAACAUGGACAUGUGGCUGCCGGUACAUCAACCAAUGGACUAACCCACAAGGUUCCAGGGCGUGUUGGAGACUCCCCUGUGGUUGGAGCGGGGGCCUACGCAGACAGCCUAGCCGGCGGCGCUGCAGCUACUGGCGACGGAGACAUCAUGAUGCGCUUCCUGCCAAGCUACUUGGCUGUGGAGCUGAUGAGGGCCGGGGCCGAUCCCUCGGCAGCCUGCAAGUCGGCCAUUUCCAGAAUCAAGAGGCAUUACUCAGAGUUCUUUGGAGCCAUCAUCUGUGCAAACACAACGGGCCAUUAUGGAGCAGCAUGUAACAAAGCCCCCGGCCUCUCACAGUUCCACUACAUGGUGUCAAACUGCCAGUCAGACACGCCAAUCCUCAAGUCUGUGGACUGCUUUUAA